AGAGAGAGAGAGAGAGAGAGAGAGAGAGAGAGAGAGAGAGAAAGACCGAACACGCGCGCAAGUUGCUCUCCAUGCCUUCAGUCUAGCGGCGCGGGCGAUGGAUGUGAGAUUUUACCCGGCACCUCCUUCAAGCGUGGGCUCCUGUACAUUACCCACCGACACCAGCCUCUCCUCUCUGGACUAUUACCACUGCAACAAGAGCAGAUACAGUGUGGGCGAUCGAGGCGUUAGAAUCUACGGAGCUUUACCGGUGAGGACCGACCCUGAGGGUAAAAGACUGCCCUCUGCAGGGUUUGAUGGUGACAACAUGUACAUGAGCGAGAACAACCAAGAGUUCCUCUCCCCGAGUCAGCAGAAUUACUCAGGGCAGGGAGGGGGCAACGGUAAUGGCGGAGGAGGAGGAGGUGACGAAGAUUACGAGAUCCCACCCAUAACCCCCCCCAAUCACCCAGACCCCCACCUUCUCCACCUCAUGGACCCAGAGUCCAGUUACCUGUGUCACUCCAUUCCUCACAACGGCCUGAUCAACCCGUACUCGUACCCGGAGCUGCCCGCGCUCAUGAUGUCUAACAUGCUCACACAAGAUGGACACCUGCUUUCCAGCCAAAUGCCCUCGAUGCCGGCGUUUGGGGGGGAAGCUGGCAGGCAUUACGUCCGCACCCACCACAGCCCCAUGCUAAACCGAUCCGCCAGGAUACUGCCCCACCCCAUGAGCGCCCUGUCCCAACUCAGCUCUCAGAUUGGCCAAGGCUCCUUUACCCACGGUUCCCCAACAUCGUCAGGAAGUCAGUCAGCCACGCCCUCCCCCUCAAGCUCCACCCAGGAAGAGGAAGUAAAGUACCACUUAAAGAUCACAGGAGAGAAGCGGCCAUCCUCCGACAUGAUGAAGCCCAAACCCAAACCUCAAAAGAAGAAGAAGAAGAAGGACCCGAACGAGCCGCAGAAGCCCGUCUCGGCGUAUGCACUGUUCUUCAGGGACACUCAAGCCGCUAUCAAGGGCCAAAACCCCAACGCAACCUUCGGAGACGUCUCAAAGAUCGUCGCUUCGAUGUGGGACAGUCUGGGAGAGGAACAGAAACAAGCGUACAAACGGAAAACAGAAGCGGCUAAGAAGGAGUACCUGAAGGCCCUGGCAGCGUAUCGAGCUAGUCUGGUUUCCAAGACCUACAGUGACCAGGUGGAGAGCAAAAGCACUCAGUCCAGCCAGCCCUCACCGCACAUGAUGCCCCCCAACCCUUCCCUGUACAGUGUCCCGCCCCAGCCCUCCUCCCCUUACCUGGGCCCGAGCCCCUUCCCUCUGACAGACCUGCAGAGCUAUGCGGCGGGCGCUCCCAGACAUGGGCUGCCCCGGUCGGCCAUGCUACCCGCACUCAGUGCCUCCCCCCCAGCAUCAUUCCAGAUCAGCCCCCCUCUGCACCAGCAGCUCUCGCUGCACCAGGGCUCCCUCCUUAACCAGCCAAUCCGCAUGCAGCAAGUGCAGUCACAGCCAAUCAUCUCUCACCAGAUGGGCCUUCAGGCUCCACUGCACUCCCCACCCCCAGGACAGCAGGGAUUUUCUCACUUACAGUCCGAGUAUCAGAAGAGUGUAGGGGGCUCUCAGUCUCCAGGGGCUCCGAACCCAGUGGGCCAGAACCCCGACUGGGACAGCGAGUACUGCAACCGGGAAUGCGGCGGGAACCACUGCAGUGGCAGUAUGAUAGGCAGGGAUAAGCCACUCUACCUCACUUGAAGCAAAACAAGGAGACAGAAAACAGAAAAAAAAUGAAACAACACCAGGGAGCCCCGCGCACCUCUCUACCCUACCCCCGACACCAUCAGUUUUUCCCUCAGUGUCAUUUUUCAUUCGUUUUUAGAAGGAUGUGUGUGUGUGUGUGUGUGUGUGUACGCGUUCUGAAGACUACUAGUGAUCCUUUCAUUUUUGCCAAGCACUUAAAAAUGUACAGGCUUCUCCGCCGGAGACCUCCGAGAGCACUCACCCCAUCUCUGAAUAAACUUAAGCGAAAAAGACAAAAAAAGAUGUAUAUAACACAAAUGAAAAGAAACAAAAAAAAAAACAACAAGCAAACUACCAUGAAACUGGCCUUCAGGGCCAAUGAGCUUUAAGUAAAACAGAGGAAAACUCUCCUCGUAGUUUCUCAGUUACUUCUCCUAUUUUUUGGUUGUCAUUUUAUUUAUUUCCUGCUUGCAACAUCGCGCUUUCUUUGGCCAAUAAAAGGUCCUUUACUUUUGGGAAAAUACUCUUCUGCGGGAUAUGUUACUGUUCAACUGAUGCUCUGUGAAUUUUGGUAGUAAUAGACAAGAUAAAAGAAAUACGCAAAUGGAAAAAUUUAGAAAUACGACUUCUUUUGUAAUUUUAAAGACCCGCGUUGGUCUUAACCGAUCUGUCACAGUGUGAUUGUAAAUAUCACUUUUGGGGGGUCAAAUUGGGAAGAUGAAGUCAAGAUAUUUUUUCUUCUUUAAUAUGACUUGUAAUUCAUUGAUUUGUAUUUUAAAUGGUAUUUUGUGAAUGCGUGCCGGUGUGAAUGCGUAUGAGGGAAUGAGUGUUUUUGUGCGUUGUGUAACUGAGCAACCUGUGCAGGUGAUAUCCCAAGAGUGUUUCACACGUACACAAUCUUGCAUUAAAAUCUGUGCUCACUGGUGCGAUUUGCCCCCCCUCCCCCCUAAAAUAAAAAAGAUCAAUGGCAAAAGCCAUGACAAACUGCAUGACCCGGCUCUCCAUUUAGGCUCCCCAUUUCAUCGGGUCGAUUGGAGAAUUAACUACUGCUCCUCGAUUCUGGCUCAAGAUCGCAAACAUACAGUUUUACGAAGUUACAAAAAUUUUUAAGUGAUUGAGUCAGCUUUGUUGAUUAAGGCCACAUCCACAAUAAUCCAUUUUAGUUUGAAAACUUCUUUAUGGAGAGCGUUUUCUAAACUCGACUUUUUCGGUGGAUGAAAAUGCCGUUCAAGCGUGGGUGAGAGACGUAAACGUUGCGGUAUAAGUGUGAACGUAGUCUAAUUUACUCUGAGGUUCUAAACGCGACAGAUCGACCCAAAGUCGGGUCUGAUCGGGACGGGAAAAAUACUUUACGCAAGUAUGCAAAUGCCGGCGCAAAUACACGACCCACGCAGUUUCAUUGCACAUACUUACAUGCAUUCUUGCGUUAGAGUCGCGGUAACAAACUUCAGUACUCUAGGGGGCGAUAGAGUUACCCUCAAAUGUCCAUUAAUAUGCCAUUAAACCAGAUGUGUUAUUAUUUAGAUUGUUAGCUAUAUACGUGUUGACAGUAACUUUAAAUAAGUCACUCGGCAAGAUUCACUUGAAAUUGUUGCUCUAAAAAAAAUUAACAUAGAAGACUGUUUACGCUCAGCGCUUUGCGUUACAUUGCGUUGUUUUAGGAAUUGCGCUCUGAAACAUUUCGGAAUGCAAUGACGCGUUAAAUAUGCGUCUGCGUUCGCAUAAUUGCUUAGAGUGUUUUUCGGGCCUAAAGCAGUAGUUCAAUUGAAAAUCCGGGUCAUUGACGUUAAAUUCACCAAGAUAACAUGUAAAGGGGAACUAUAAUGUUCUCAAUGUGAGAUAUUACAGCACACAUUUAAAACAACAGUGGGUCUCUAGUUUUCUAGUAGCUAGAUGUUCUUUUGUGUUGAUUUCAUCUUUUACAUUUUGGUGGGGGGGGGGGGAUUAAAAGCAUUUGACCAUUUUGUUGAACUUUUUAUUUUAAUCUUUUUUUUUUUUUUCUACUGUAGCAAACUAUUUUUAGUUGAGUAAAAAGAAUAACUUCUACGACAUUCAAUUUGUGUACAAACCUGCCAAUUGAAGUUAUUUUGUUUGUAAAGUCAGCAAUGAUAAUUAUUUUAAAACUGUUAUCAGCCAGUUGCCCAUCAUUUAAUAUUUAAUAAUGUUUAACAGGUUUCUAUUUAUGAACAAAAUGAGAUCAAGUUUGCUUAUAACUACAAUAUUUGAAUUCUGUUGUCCUUUUUUAUGACAAUUGCUAUUUUUCUUCUUCUUUUUUCAUUUUUGAAUGCUGUUUUUAAUUUUUCUUUCUUUGCCAGCCAGGUCAUUUUGUGUCACUAUGCCUUUUGUUUCAUUUUGUCUGUAAUAAAAAAUAUGUUAACUGAGAAAUUUGUUGUGGUUUAUUUUCGCUUACAGUUAUGAAUGUCAUAACGAGGGGGGCCUGGGUAUCUCAGCGUGUAUUGACGCUGACUAUCACCCCUGGAGUCGUGAGUUCAAAUCCAGGGCGUGCUGAGUGACUCCAGCCAGGUCUCCUAAGCAACCAAAUUGGCCCGGUUGCUAGGGAGGGUAGAGUCACAUGGGGUAACCUCCUUGUGGUCGCGAUUAGUGGUUCUCGCUCUCAAUGGGGCGUGUGGUAAGAUGUGCGUGGAUCGCGGAGAGUAGCAUGAGCCUCCACAUGCUGUGAGUCUCCGCGGUGUCAUGCACAACGAGUCACGUGAUAAGAUGCGCAGAUUGACGGUCUCAGAAGCGGAGGCAACUGAGACUUGUCCUCCACCACCCAGAUUGAGGAGAGUAACCGUGCCACCACAAGGACCUACUAAGUAGUGGGAAUUGGGUAUUCCAAAUUGGAACAAAAAGGGGAUAUAGCAUUCAAGUUGGGCUAAAAUACACAAUAUAGUAACCGAUAUGGUUUUGAGUGCCAUAUUGCUUAAAUAAACCAUCUUCGACUUUUGAGAGAUCACUUAAGUGACAAACAAGGCAACAGACAAUAUGCACACAUAUGCUACUCAAUAUAUAAACAAAAAUGUUGUGUGCAUGCAUCAGUGUACUACUUUUAUUGCUAUGAAAUAAAACCUCUGUGUAAAAAAAAAUCCCCCAAAU